GGGCCCAAAUUGUUGUUGCUUAACAGAGCAGCUCCCAUCCCAAAUUCCUAAUGAAUGCCCCAACAAAACUCAAUAAAGUAGUACAAAAAUGGGGGGCUGGGGCCGCUAGGUUUCCAUCCGAGCGUCGGAACCAUGUCUUCUUCCCUGAUCAUCAAGAGUAGUAGUAGUGAUAUUAUUCCCUCCUUCCUCUGCAAGUCUAACAAGUUGUCGAUCAUUGAUGAAUUUAUUAAUGAUACCAACAAACCCAAACCUUCCGCCGCGAAAUUCCCCAAUCGUAUGGUCUUGUGCUCAUUGUCUCGAUCUUCACCGAUAACUUUAUCUAAGUCGAGCUCUGUCCGAGAUUUGGUUUCUUCGCUAGGUCAUACAAUUGUAGAUUGGGCUAAAGACUGCGACUCUCAUGGGAAUGAUGAGGAGGAGGAGGAAGAAGAGGCUUCCAUGACUUCAUUUGUAGACGCAAUUGUCAAGGUAAUUUGUGGUAGAGUAGAACCAAAUUUCGCUUUCCCAUGGAAAAUGGAACAAGAAGAGGGCUGCCGGAGUGGUUUUAUUGUCAGUGGGAGAAAAGUGCUCACUAGUGCUGGCGCUGUUGAUCUCCACCAGGAAGUGAAGCUUAAAAAAGGCAACUGCGAUGUGUGGUACACUGCUACAGUGCUUUCUGUGGCAUUUGAUACUGAUCUAGCAAUUUUGACAGUGAACGAUGACAAGUUUUGGAAAGGAGUUAAGCCACUGGAGUUUGGGGACAUGCCAGCACCUGGAGAGAAGAUAACUGUUACUGGCUAUCCACACGGGGCAGACUAUGUAUCUGUGAUUAAGGGAUGUGUUUCAGGAGUGGGCAUGAAACGUUAUGCGAUUUCAGAGGCCAAUCUUCCGGCUUUUGAGGUAAAGGUGCCUUGGAACCUAGGGAAAGUUGGUGGUCCCGUUUUUAAUGGAAGAGGCAAAUGUGUGGGAAUGAUACUCCAACAUCAAGAUGACAAAGUUGGUGUUGUGCCUGCAGAGAGUAUUAAGCACUUCAUUCAAGAUUUUGACAAGAAUGGAGCAUACACUGGACUCCCAAUACUCGGCAUCAAGUGGCAGAAGAUGGAAAGUUCUAGUUUCCAAUUGUUCAUGAAGAUGGGACAUUAUCAACAAGGUGUUCUUAUAACAGAAGUUAUGCCCAACUACCCAGAAUUUGAGAUUCUGAAACCAUACGAUAUUAUUCUCAGCAUUGAUGGGAUUAGCAUUAACAACGAUGGAACAGUUCCAUUUCAAGAAGGGCAACGAAUAGAGUUCAGUUACCUUAUUGCUCAAAAAUACAAAGGCGAUAAGAUUGUUAUUACUUAUUAGAGUUCUCCGUGAUUCAAAGAUACAUGAAUUGACCACUCAACUCCCAACACACAAACAAU